UAUUUACUUUUAUACCUAGAUUUCUUAUAGAUAUAUUUCACUAUGGGGAUUUUGGAAAAUGCACGAAAAAACUGGUUUCUGUAUGGCAUUGUCCUCUUUAUUGCAUUUGCAAAGAUUGCUCCAUGGAUUGGUAAGAAAGGUGGACCUUUGUAUCCACAGAUCACUAUCAAGUACAUUGCUGUCUCAGUUAUAUUUUUUAAUAGCGGAUUAUCAUUAAGAAGUGAAGAUCUAAAGGCUGCAUUCUUUCACUAUCGUUUACAUUUAUUUAUUCAAAUGUUUACUUUUGCAUUUAUUCCCGCCAUUAUCUCACUUUUUGUGAAAUUGUUGGCGCUGGUUGAGUUUAAUGAGUAUUUGAUUCGGGGCGUACAAGUAGUAAGCUGCAUGCCACCUCCCGUUUCUUCAGCUGUUAUUAUCACGAAAGCCAUUGGUGGAAAUGAAGCUGGUGCUAUUUUUAAUUCUGCUUUGGGAAGCUUUCUGGGCAUUUUUAUAACACCUCUUCUAUUACUGGCAAAUGUUGGGGUCUCAGGAGGUGUUCCUGUCAUAAACAUUGUGCAGACUCUGACGGUGACUGUCGUCAUUCCUCUUAUGCUUGGUCAACUUGCUAGAAUUUAUAUAAAGGAUUGGCUUGAAAGGGAAAAGCCUCCACUCGGCCAAGUAGGAAGCUUUAUGUUAUUAAUGAUUAUUUACACCACAUUUUGCGAUACCUUUUCGAGUGAUGUCACAGGUGUAAAACCAACUGAUUUACUUAUCGCUGCAGUAAUCAUUUUUGGAAUGCAAGCUGGUUUGCUUUAUCUUAUUUUUAGUGUAACUAAUCGUUUCCAACUUGGUUAUAAUAAAGAAGAUAUCGUUGCGCUUAUGUUCUGUUCAACACACAAAUCACUGACACUUGGUGUGCCUAUUUUAAAAAUUAUUUAUGCUGGAGAUAUGAUACUGCCAUUCAUUUCGAUACCAUUGUUAAUUUACCACCCAACACAAAUAUUGCUGGGUGGUUUUAUGGUUCCACUCAUUAAAAGCUGGUUGCACGAAAGUAAGGAACACAAGAAUGGAGUUGUUGAUGAUGAAAUAGCAUAAUGCAAACAUUAACUACUUACUACGUCAUUAUAGUCAUAAGUAUUACAAAGACUGCACAAUUUUUUACUAGUAGUAGUAAAGGGUGUGUGUAUUACUCCUGAUCCAAAGUUUUGCAUUAGUUUGUUUUAAUUAAAGGUCUUUUUUUUUAUUUUCAAUGUAACACUCUCACCUUUUAGAUUUUAAUUGUUAGUACUGCUGGUCCCAUAAAAAUGUAUUAUAUUAUGCAAAAACCUAUAUAAAAGUUACACAGCAAGUAUUCAGGAUUUACCUGAAAAAGCAAACUGAAAACCAAAACUAAUUAAUUGUCCUGUCCUACAUAUGUGCAAUUGUUUGAAGGUUUUUUCCAGCAAAAGCUGGGUUUUUUUAACAAGCUCUUAUUCAAACAGUUUAGUCGUAAUAUUUUAAUAAUCUUUUUACUUAACCAAAGUAUUGUUUUUGUAACACCAAAAAAAAACUAUACAGAUACACCCUUAGAAUGGUAACCUUUCAAGAAUUUCACUUUGCUGUAAGAUAUAUUUUUUUAGAGAUUAAUUUAUUUAUCGUUGUGUAUUUAUUUGUAUUGCACAGGCACAAUAAUUGUUUCAUUUGGAUUGUAAUUUUUAGAAUGGUUAGAAAUAAUAGUUACGCAAAUAUAAUUAUUUAAUUAAUAACAUGCCUUAUUUAUAUUUUAAAAGAAGGUUUUGGGAUAUUUGUUUUAUACUUACUGUGUUAAUUUUCUGUAUGGCAAUGUACUGGUUAGCAGGAGAAUAAAUUUUGAAUUGACCUGUAAAGUGUAUAGCAGAAAAGAACAGGUGUUGAUCGUUUCAAAA